CAGUUUGACAUCUUCCGGCUGUAAAUCGAUUUUUAAUUAAGUGCUUAAGCACGCCAGACUAGGAAAAAUAGUAUCCAAAACAGCGGGCGUGUCCUGGAUACGGCCGUGUAUUUGAAAAUGGAUAUGGUCGUCAGGGACAACAUGUUAACAAGCAGACGUCAUUGCGUUACUCCCUCCAUUGUUAACAAACGGCCAUUCAAACGCCCCGCACCUGACUGAGGUCGAGCACAAUAGUCUCUGCUGCGUACAGGUUACGACAUCGCUGCUUCUUACAUUUGGGAGCGACCACGUUGGAAAUAUUUCUGUCGUUCUCAAAAGCGUUCCAACCCCUGACCAAGAUACAAGCUUGACAUUUUGCGACUACAAGACAUUUCUAGAUCUAGCCCAGGCAACGCAGGGCGAUGUUUUACAAGACCCUCUUGGUUGUCUUCGUCGCACACCUCUGUAGAGGGCAACAACUUGCAGACGAGGCUACGCGGCACAGUGUAAUAGUAACCUUCGCUGGAUCAUCCACAUCUGAGAUAAAUGCAAAUUCAACCGCCUUGAAAGAAGUCAUCGUAAACGAAACCAACAAACUGUGUCAACAAGAUGAUCACAAAGCGAAGUGCUGCAAGGACAUAAAGUACACAGAGCUGGGAAGUGGAGACAUCAUCGUCCCAGGAACGAAUCUGACGGCAGAGGACUACAUUCGUUUUCUAUCUGUGGCAGGAGACUCUUCAGCUAACACAACUAGCAGUGUCAAAGUGACGCUUGCCAUCGUUGUGCCACAGGAAGCCGAUGAGAAUGACCUGUGCCUCGUAGAAACACCCAGCCGCAAGAGGAGAAGUACUGCAGAAGACGUGUUCUUGAGAAGGAAAAGGCACAGCGUCACCACAGCUGCCCCCACUGCCGCACCGAACUAUAUCUAUCUGGAUCCUGACCUGGUCAAGCUGCUGCUGAACUCCAACAGCUUCAGAGCUGCUGUGAACUCCCGGCUCGGUCUCAUCUCAGCCUCAGUCGUCAAGUCUGAUGAGAAGAACUGCACCUUUGAAGACGACAUCCAGCCGUGGGUCAUUGCCCUCAUCACCAUCGCCUCCUUCCUCCUUCUCCUGCUGCUGGCUGCCACUAUCAUGAUGUGUCACAAUGGAUCAAAGAAUAGCCCCUAUUCCAAAGGGUCGAUGGGGUCACUCAUAAGAGUGUCACCAGGUCCAGAACAAGCAGGGACUUCAUACGGAACAUACAACCGUGUAAUCACUCCGACUUCAUACGGAACAUACAACCGCCCGAUCACUCCAAAACUGGCCUUUACUUAGAAGUAGGGCACAGGGCGCUGUUCAUUCAGCUACAGUUCGCCAUCUAGUGCCAUUUCAAUGUCAUUCACAUUCGGAAGGAAUAUCCGGGAACAACCAUAACAACCGAAUUGAUUUCUGAAAUAUUAUAUUGAAAAACUACAUAUUACAGUAUCUGUUUGGCGCAGAAGAAAUCAUCCUACCUCACAUGGCCUAGGUGGACAAAUAAGUCAUUAUGAUUCAAGACCAAUCCAAUGUUUAAACUUGCCACACUUACAUGUGUCAUGACAACAGAAGUCAGGUAUCCUGUAGUUCCAUCUGUCUCUCUAGGCACGUAGGAUUUGCAGCGCCUACCUUUUCGACAAAACGUCUCACUGCCCCACGACAUUGAACUUGAAGCACAUAUGUUGUGAAUGAAGUUAUCUGUUCUCCAUAUCGCCAGACAUUUAUGUUGAGUUGCAUCAUUCCUUCCAUUGCUAUCACAUGUAAGGUAUCUUCGUUGUUUAAGUUUUGCUGGUACGUGUACUAGAAACGAUAGUGUAGUUACGUACAGCCGUAAACAGUAGAUACUAAUAUAACAUUUGUACAUGCGGUAAGCGGAGAAUAACAUUGUACUACUUUUGUAUCAUUUCAUUGCUGGAAGUACGAAGAAGUGAAUAUGGAUAAAAUGUAUGAGGUGUAAACCACACGGUUACAUGGCUUUUCACGAGGGCAUUGUAUAGAUCAAGAGUUAUCGCUUAUUUUUGUAUCAAUUGAGAAAUAAAGCCUCUCAACACUGUCAUUUGACUGUUAGCAGCUUUCAAUGUUUGCCAUUGAAUGGCGAUGUUGUCACCGCUUGCAUUUGAUGUUUGACGUCAAUAAAGGAUGCAUGAACAGCCGUAUCUAAA